AUGUCGGCUCCUGCCACUCCGGCCGCCCAGAGGAGGAGGCUUAGCUUCUUGUUCGACAUUGGGCGGCCGGUUUUGUCCCCUGUGAUAGAGCCGGAUCGGCCGGAGGAGAUCACGACUAGCUCAGGGUUGGUGCUGGGGGGCGGCCAAGGGGGAGAGGAAGCGCCAGGCGAAGGGAAAGGGGCUACUUUUGAGGCGCCUCAAAAGCUGGGGGGGGGAGGCCAAGGGGAAGAGGAAGCGCCAGGCGGAGGGGAAGGGGCAGACGAAGAGGAAGUGGCAGGAGGGGCGGAAACUACAGGGGGAAGGGAAGGGGCAGGGGGAGGGGAAGAGGCAGGGGAAGGGGAAGUGGCAGAGGGGAGGGAAGGGGCAGGGGGAGGGGAAGGGGUUGAGGGAGGGGAAGGGGGGAAGCGUGGGGGAGAAGGAGGGCUUGGCGCUUUUUCUGGUGCUGUCGCUGAAGCUAAGACGGGAUAUGGAAUUGAAGGGCUUAGCGUUGCUUCCGGUGAUGUUGCCGAAGGUGAAACUGAAUAUAGAGCGGAAGGGCUAAGCGCUGCUUCUGGUGUUGGUGCUGAAUCUAAGACUGGGGGGCUGUUUCUGCUGGCGAUUGGGCUUACCAUUGGCAACUUUGUCCUCUCUGCCCUCUCUGCCCUCUCUGCCCUCUCUGCCCUCUCUACCCUCCCUCCCCUCCCUGCCGCUCCCUGCCCCUCCCUGCCCCUCCCUGCCCCUCCCUGCCCCUCCCUGUCCCCCCUGCCCCUCCCUGUCCCCUCCCUGCCCUCCAUGCCCCUCCGUGCCCCUCCAUGCCCCUCCGUGCCCCUCCGUGCCCCUCCGUGCCCCUCUCUGCCUUCACCUCCCCAGGUGGAAGCAGGCGACACCAUGUGUGGAAUCGUUGACCGCUACUGCGUGGAAGAAGGCGACACCAUGUGUGGCAUAGCUGAUCGCUACUGCGUGCGAGUGGAUGCAAUGAAAGAGGCGAACCAGGAGGGGCUAGUGGAAGAUCCAGAUGUGAGACCUGGUGACACUGUGUGUGCCAUUGCUGACAAGUACUGCCUUCACCCCGACACGGUGAUUGACGCAAACGAGGGCAGGAUGGCCAAGGACCCUGAUAUGAUUUUCCCCGGCGAUUUGAUCUUCAUUCCCAAAUGA